CAUUGCCAACUCUCGUCUCAACUACCACAGUGUACCGAACUCUGCCACUAGAUGCCAGGCUCCGCUCUCCUUUGAACACCAUUGUUGAGUGUUGAACGCGAAGCGAGGUGUUUUUCUCCUCCUCCAAACCUGAAGCCGUGUUCCAAUGAAAGCAGGUGGAAUUCCCCCUUUCAACCAAUGGCGCUCUGCCCUCGCAACAAUCCCUUCGAAAAGGAUGUGUGGGCUCGGCUAUGGCGCUGGCGUGAAGUUGUUGGAAACGGAAAGCCCAGGAAGCAGGAUUUUGGCACUACUACGCCAGCUAAAGCUUAGGGCUACCAGCUUGAAUGGGAACAAGUGAGAAGAUCAUUCAUAUUUGGUCAAACGUGCACCUUGGGAAGCCACUUCGGCGACGUCGGAUUGAAGAUAGUGAUUUCUACAAAAGUUGCUCUGUCAAAAGCGAGCACGUAUGAGAAAUAAGAGUGACCUCUGGCUAAAAAAAAGGCAUGGAUCGUAAGAGUUAGACUGAGUUCUGACUCUCUCGAGCUGUUUGUUUUUUCAACUCUGGAGAAGGACGUAAAACCGUCACCAUGCCUGCCAAAACAAAAUACAAUUUAGUCGAUGAUGGACACGAUUUGCGGAUUCCUUUACAUAACGAGGAAGCAUUCCAACAUGGGAUUAAUUUCGAAGCAAAGUAUAUCGGUAGUCUGGAUGUGGCUCGACCCAAUAGCCGUGUGGAGAUUGUUGCGGCCAUGAGGCGGAUAAGGUAUGAAUUUAAAGUGAAGAAUAUCAAAAAGAAGAAAGUCAACAUUAUCGUGUCCGUGGACGGGGUGAAAGUAGCGCUGCGGAAAAAGAAAAAGAAAAAAGAAUGGACCUGGGAUGAAAGCAAGAUGAUGGUGAUGCAAGACCCAAUAUACAGGAUUUUCUAUGUAUCGCACGACUCUCAAGAUUUGAAAAUCUUCAGUUACAUAGCAAGAGAUGGACAGAGCAAUGUGUUUCGAUGUAACGUCUUUAAAUCAAAGAAAAAGAGCCAAGCCAUGCGGAUAGUACGGACAGUGGGUCAGGCUUUCGAGGUCUGUCACAAACUUAGCCUCCAGCACACCCAGCAAAACGCAGAUGGCCAGGAAGACGGUGACGGUGACGCUGACAAGACAUGCACAAAUUCUGGAGUACCAGGGCGGGAGCUCACAGGGGCCGAAAAGCCGACUGCAGACGAAACAGACAUUGAUGCAGAGGAGCUUCCCCUCCCUGACAGCACAAUGGACGAGUUCAGUCGCGGAGUCACUGACCUGGAUGCGGCCAAGAAAGAGGAAGAUGUCACCAAGGACAUAAAGCCCUCUGAGGAGCCCAGCAUCCUGCUGGCUUCCCCCAAGUUGCUGCUUCCUUCAGGCAGUCAGCUUCCGGCCAGCACUCCCCUGUCGGUGCACCACCAGCUCCAGUUGCUCCAGCAGCAGCUCACCCAGCAGCAGCAGCAGACACAGGUGGCCGUAGCCCAGGUUCAUCUGCUGAAGGAUCAGCUCUCCGCAGAAGCUGCGGCAAGGAUUGAGGCCCAGGCUCGAGUUCACCAGCUGCUGUUGCAGAAUAAGGACCUACUGCAGCAUAUUUCUCUCCUGGUCAAACAGGUUCAGGAGCUGGAGCUCAAGCUGGCUGGACAUGGCUCUAUGGGAUCUCAAGACAGUCUCCUUGAAAUCACUUUCCGUGCUAACGUGCCCCCGGUCCUAUGCGACCCCACCACCCCAAGACCAGAGGACGCCAUCCUUCCUCAACUCAACGAUGGGACACCGCUCUCCCUGCCGCUGGGCAGUCCAAUAGGUAGGGACCAGUGCUUGAUCAAGUUUGAGUGUUUCCGCUUUCUCCCCGGACCACCCCAACAGGAUGAGAGCCCUGACACGCCAUCCCAAGACGUCUCGCCCUCAUCACGAGAUGAGAUUUUGAGUAGCCUCGAGCUGCUAAAAUUCCGCGAGUCGGGAAUCGCUUCUGAGUACGAGUCAAACACAGAUGAGAGCGAUGAAAGCUGGGGACAGCAGGACGAGAGCACCCUGCGUCUGCUCAAUGUGCUUAACAAACACGGCCCCUCUGACUGCUUGGAGGACGAAAUUGCUGUUUAAUGUGAUUUUGUGCACAUGGCUUAGAAAACACUGCUUGAUGUUCUGCUUAAACGGUUCAAAGUCAAUGAAUGUCAAAAUUGUCAAACCAUCUUCUGCUCUUUGUACUGCUGAUGAUUCUGGGAGACCAAGGUGACUUCAACCAUUUGGUGGCUGUUUUAUUUGUUACCUUUUGUGUAAAAUAUUGAAGAGCAAACAGUCCCAAAGCAUAGCAAAUGCUGUUGUCUUCAUUUUGAAGUUUAGGGACACACAUCAGAUGUCUGAAUGGAACGUUCACACAAUCAGCGAUUCUAGUGGCAGUAUUGUUGGUCAUAAUGGCCUACUUCCAAACACUUCAGUCAUAAGUGGGAUAUACAGUAAGAUUCACUCUAAUUUGAAUUAAUUGAAGAAUAUGUUUUCUUGCCACUAAAACUUGACAUUCUUUAUAUAAAUUGGAGCAGUGCAUAAUGCAUAAUAUGAAUAAGAUAGAUCAUUUUGACAUGUUUUUUAGUAAGUUUAAUUAGUUAAUUCAUUGGGUAUCAUGAACUAACAAUUAAUGCUUUUCAUUAUUUUCAGAAUUAUUAAUAUACGUUUGACAUUUCAACAUUGAUGUCAUGAAUUUAAUUAAAGUGCCCCAUUAUGCCAUUUUUUAAGGUUCCUAAUAUUGUUUUGGGAGUCUACUACAACAGGUUUACAUGCAUACAAGGUCAAAAUACACUUUCGUUUUCUCAUAAUAUACAUUUAAUAUCAUCUCAUUUCUCAGAGAUUCUUAAACAAUUUAUUUGAAGCAGUUCAGAGAUUCAGUCUCUCUAAACCCCUAAUUUCCGUGAGCCUACUCGGCUCUGAUUGGUCAGAUGGCCCAGUCUCUUGUGAUUGGUCUACCGCGUACAGCAUUUGUCGGAAAUAAAACGCCCAUUGCCAUAACUGAAUUACAGCUCCAGAGGCUUAUCAAUUCCAAAGACUAUAGAUAUAGAAUGAUGGUUCACUCCUUUUAGUUUUGAAUGGGAGAAACUGCAAUGCGCAAUAUGGCGAAAUACGUCCUGCAUUCUAAAUAAAAGAUCCAAUCGCUGAUUGGUAAAGUCAUUACGUCACUGCAGCUGCCAUUAGAAGCGUUAGACUCGCGAUUAGGACUGCACUUUGGCUAGUCUAGCCUGAAAAAUAAGCUUUUUUAACGCUUUGAGCACAAGAAACAACAUUUAUGGGACAGUUCAUGUCAAAUUUUGUUGCUGAUUUGAAAUUUAAUUUCAAUUUUUAAUUUAAUUGUGAGUAAUUGUGAGUUCGCCAAGCAGUUUUUGAGAUUUCAGGAUUCCCCUAUUCAAAAAGAUAGGACUUGGUCUUGGAUGCCCUGAGGCGUAUGUGGGUGUCUGUUUAUUCGGCAAAUAUGGCCACUGAAUAAACAGACUUUCUUUGAAAGGGACUUUGUCAGUUCUCUGUCAGUUCUCAAGAGAAUGUAUACAAUGUAUGGACAGAAAAGAUGGAAUCAAUUUAAUUAUCAAUUCGAGCCUGAGUCCGACGAUAAAACUCAAUCAUAAGUGCGACUGGAGCAGGACGUUUCUCAGUGUCAACUUAGUGGUAUGUUAUAAGACAUUAAUUGACAUAUUUUUAGACAAUAGUGGGCCCACAGCUGAUUAGCAGAACCACAAUGGUUAGCCGGAGACCUACAGCUGCACUGAGUGUACACAACAUAACAUACAAAACUACGUAUUUUGAACAAUCGAAAGAAAAUAUAAAAAUCAAUUAUUAAUCAUACUUACAGGUUGUGAUUCAGAGGAGCAAGUUGGUCCAAAUAAACUGGGUACUGACGCAUCUUUUAAGAGCAAGCGUUUUGCGAAUUUGAGAAGCAGUCAAUAAAAUGACGGGAACACAACAAAAGUUUGGGAUUGUACUGCUGUGGUAUUGUUGAAAAAAUGAAUUUUAACCUCUGAUUCUUAGCAGCCUCGUCAUUUGGAAGUGAAAAUAAAACACAUUUACUUUCACUGCAUAGAACACAGCGUCUUCUCGACUUGGUGUUAACCACACAAAAAAGCUACAGCGUUUGAGGGUGGGUCAAGUUGUUCAUAAAACAUUGUCGAGCAUUAGGCAAAUGUGUUACCUAGUGACGUGUACCCAUCACGGAAGUGGGAUUCGAAUUCCCGAUGACUCAUUUAGGCGGUUCGGAGUCGAUUCUUUCUUUUGACAAUAACUUUAUUUAUUGUGCACUUUCGGCUUUACAACUUUGCAGAUCGUUUACAUUCACAGGCAGCUACAUUACACAUUGCAUUAAAGGUAAUAUUCAAAAAAUGCAUAAUUGGGGCACUUUAACCAUGAGUAAUAUAUAUAUAUAUAUAUAUAUAUAUAUAUAUAUAUAUAUAUAUAUAUAAUUUUUUAAGAAUUAUAUUUGAAUGGUUUAUAUAUAAAUUAACAAGUUUAACAUUAUUCUAAAAUCGUAACAUUUUAUAUCUCUGCAUGUGGCAAGUGACAAAUCUAGAAAAGACGAAUCUAGAAAAGUUAAAUCUCUCCCAGAAGGUGGAUCAUGUCAAACAUCACAUUGAUUCUCGUUUGCAUAAAUUUCUAAACUUUGUUGCAUCCCUGAAAACACCCACCUUCCAAUUCCCACCAGUGGCGAAUCGCUGUACGUGUGUUGACGUUCCUUUAGAGCCCACGAAGCAAUUGCUUGUUAUUCACAAAUAAGUAAUUGUUUUCAACUACAAGAGAUACAGUACAUCUAUAUGAAAUUAAAUUUAGAACAAAUUUUAUACAUCAGCCUGUGAUAUUCUCUAUAUCUAUAACAUCAGUUGUACAGUUGCAGGUUUGUUUCUGGGCAGUAUUAGGCAUGUAUGCACUGAUAUCCUCAGCCACUUAGAUCACCUUUCAUCAGAAGUGCUCAGAAAAAAGACAAUUACCCAGCAACAUCUGUUUUAGCAUGCACAACAGAACAGACUCUUAAUUGAAUGACUGCGGACUGAGGACGCUAAGCUAAUUAUACCCUAAGGGUAACGAGGCGUCUAAACCGGUCAGAUCUUUACCAACAAGAACCCCAAUUAACGUGUCAGAAUUUUCACAACCCACAUCUUUUGUUCAUUAUUUUCAUACUCAGAAGAGCUUGUCGUGUCUGACUGCCUCGCGUAUGAAUUUUUGUACACAUUUGCUUUCUUGCAUUCGGUUUCUUCUGUGCUUCUAAAAAGUGAUAUUUCAAUGUCUUACCUGUACCUCUCUGAUAAACUACUCGCCUCUUUAACCUCUGUUUCUAUUUUCCUGUUUUUCCCUCUCCCUCUCUCUAUUUCUCUCUGUGUGCCCAGUGUCAUUUAGAGCCAGACAAGUGCACACGAUUAGCUUGGUAAUAAUAGGGUGGUAAGCAAGUCUUCCCACACAUACAGGACAUUGAAAGCAUUUCUGUUGUUGGUUUAGUCUUAAAUGUCUGUAUUUUCCUUGAUUUAUGCACUGUGCAAUAUCUUUUUUCUUUAAACAAAACAAAAGUUAUUUACCAUCUUUAAAUCUCCCUUAGGCUUGUAACAAAAUCUUCCCACAGAUUCUUCGUUGCAUCUCUGAUGAGGGAUUCAUGACCAGUCGUGUUGUCUCGCAGCAGGUCUGGAGGCCAAGACCCAGCUGUGAGCUGUGGUCUAAAUCUGAAGACUGGUGUUUUUUUUCUGAUUUCUCCUCCUUCAAGGACACAGUACAUUUGUAUUAGUGGUGUUUGCUUAAGGCGCCAGCAUCACUGUUACUGUUAUACACAAGUUAGGGAUUUGAGCAAGUCAAAAUAAGUAUUAUUAAUGCAUAAAUCAUCCCACAUAGUUUUUGUUAUGGGCAUGAUUGAUAACUUAAAUCAUGCAGCUUUUUGAGGAGAAGUGUGCAGUUGCUUUUCUCACCAGUCGGAUGAUUUUUGCAAGGUGAACAAUAAAAUAAGUGAAGAAAUCCCAUAGAAUUA